AUGGAAUACUUCGAUUUCGACGGAGCCUCGUUCGGCUCCCAUGCCCCAGACGACGAGGUGGCUUCUGACAGGUUUGAGCUCGAUGAGAAUGAUGCAAUUGAAAACUACGAAGCCCUUCUACAUGAGCAGCCAUUGGACUUUCCCAAUGAUCCGCCGGAGCAGGAUGAUCUCAACCAGCAGACGGAAGCUCCGUCGGUCAAUGCGCAAUCCAACAAUGCUCUUCCAAUUUAUCGAGCCAAGGAGCCCUGCGACUUUUGCAGGCAUAUGAAUCUGGACUGCUUCGUUUCAGACAGAGGAGCCUUACAGAAUGGCUGCACGUGCUGCAUAAUUCUGUUCCGAGAGUGCAGCUUCACGCACGCCAAGAUGCCUGGCAAGUACAUGGAAACUCUCCAGGCGAUCUCAGAAAACGCAGAUAUUCCAACGGUUGGUCCAAAGGGGAGGAAGACGCUCAAAUCCCUUACGGGUAUGACCAUAUCAGAGGAUAUGGAAGGCCGGGGGAGGAAAAGCAGUUCUCGUCUUUCCCGCGACGCCGUACGGAUCCUCAAAACAUGGCUUCUGGAGCACCUUGACCAUCCUUACCCGUCCGAGCAAGAAAAAGACGACUUGAAAAAGCGCACGGGUUUAAAGAGAACUCAAAUUAGCAACUGGCUUGCCAACGCGAGGCGGCGUGGAAAGACCCGACCCUCCCCGUCCAGCAAUUCGUCGGUUCCAGGUGCCAUAGACAUUCCCGGGCAGCAACAACUGCAGCAACCAAACAUUGCGCUCAUGACGCCCCUUGAGCGAUGGAAGUACUCUCCACCCGAAAACGAACCUGCUUCCACGACCGAUAUUCUUCGAGCCCUGGUGAACACCCCUUUGGAUUCAACACGACAGCCAGGUCACGUGCGUUCCCUUUCUCGGAAGGGAUCCAGCAAUGACUCAAGCCAUGCCAACUCCAAUAUAUUCAAGGCCCCAUCCAUCAGCAGCUUGGGUGAAAGUCGGUCAGCCAGUCGUUCAUCCGUCUCUGACCUGUCCUUUGCCUCUGCCUUCUCCCAUCGGUCCUCCUUGGAGUCCUUUGGUUCAAUGGAAAGGAAGGAUCGUCGUCGUCGUCGCAAGCCAUCAACAGCCUUGAACCCUUUCAAUCAACAGAAGGCUCGCAGCUCUCGUAUAUUCCAAUGCACAUUCUGUACUGAAACGUUUGCUACCAAGUAUGACUGGCAGCGGCACGAGAAGUCAUUGCACCUUGCCCUCGACAAAUGGACCUGCUCACCUCAGGGAGGUGUGGUGUACGUCAACGGAGCCAAUCGCUGUGUCUUUUGCAUGGCGAGUGACCCAGACACCGACCACCUGGAGUCUCACUGCUAUAGUACCUGUCAAGAGAAGACCCUGGCGGAGCGAACAUUUUACCGCAAGGACCAUCUCAACCAGCAUCUUCGACUGAUGCACAACGUCAAGUUCAACUCAUAUAUGAACCAAUGGCAAAGCACAACCACAGAAUUGAAAUCACGUUGCGGAUUCUGUGGCACAACCCUCACGACCUGGAAAGAUCGUGUGGAACACCUCGCUGCGCACUUCAAGAAUGGUGCUGAUAUGACCCAAUGGCAAGGGGAUUGGGGCUUCGAACCAUUCGUUCAAGGCUUAGUGGAAAAUGCUAUGCCCCCUUACCUUAUUGGCGAAGAUCGGAAAACAUUAAACCCUUACACAACCUCCAAUUUUCUCGGACAGUCAUGUUGUUCGCCAACUACUGCGUCUCCUGGGCUUGUUGAACCUAACGACGUGAACUGUUUCCAUCGUCUUCAGCGCGAGCUCACUGCAUUUAUCCGCAAGCAAGUUGCAGAAGGCUUCAUACCGACGGAUCAGAUGAUCCAGGACCAAGCCCGGCUUGUGAUUUAUGGCAAUACUGAUCCUUGGAACCAAACCAGCGCUGACAAUCCAGUCUGGCUGAGUAUCCUCAAGCGUGACACGGGUCUUGAAGUAGUGCCUGACUCGGAGCAUAUUCAAUUAGAUAACCUGAACAUGCAGCCUCCCUUCGCGGCUCAUGGCGGCCUAAGGCAGCCGCCAGUCGAAGGCAAUCCUCUGGCAAGGUCCUUGUGCAACAAAAUGCCUUUGAAACCUGAGAGUUUCAGUCCUGCACUGCGAAGUCCUACAUUUGCUGGGACCGGUCGAUCCUCAGCUGCUCCAAGUAUGCCGGGAAGCUCGGCUGCUAGUUUUGCUGGUAGCUUCGGAAUUGCGCCGUCUGGGGUCAAUUCCGGCCUUUCGACCGACUGGGGAAGCAACUUCUCUGCCGGUGUUUCUUCUUUCUCCACGCCUGCCAGUGGGUCAGUCGACCAAUUCGUUCAGAUGGGAUUCGAACCGGAGUUUCUGCAACAACUCAAUGAUCGGUACGGUGAAAUGCAUAUUGACGGGAUGGAUGGCAUGAUGUUCGGAGUAGAACAAGAACAUACGCGCAAUAGCGCGUUGGUACCCGAGGGCGACGUAUACAAACUGGCGGGCUCUACUGAUGCUGCUGCACCGCUCUCCAACGUCGGGUCAGCACCUAUCAAUAUUCCCAGUCCGAAACAAACUGGGGCCGUCACCCAGCAAGAUCAAGCAUCGAUCGGAGAUUCAUUCUAUCCGAGCGUUAGUGGGAUUUGA